GCCAUGGCGUCUCCCCCGGGUCCGGGUUCCUCUCACCAGCCGCCCUCCUCUUCCUCAUCGAGGGGGCCGCUCUCUCCCUUCCCCGCCGCAGCCCACUUCCCCUCCCACCCCGCCGGCCCUUUCCUCCGGCAUCACCAGCUUUCCGGCGGCGACUCCGACGGCGGCGCCUCCCUGGACGAGUUCGACGAAGACGAGGAAGGCAUGGAAGACGACGAAGACGACGACGCCGAGCUGGUGGACCGUGCAGCCCGCAGCUCGCAGCCGCGACGCGCUUCCCCUCAAGGAAUCGAGCGGGCUGUGAUGAAUGGGGAGAAUGGAGUGACGCGAGUCCAAGAGGGUCAGCAACAGCAGAUGUACAACGGCGAAACCGGGCAAUUCGUUCAUUGUUCGUCCGGAGGAGAUGAAGAACCUGGCUCCAUCACCGGGGAGAUGAGGGUUGAGGAUGGAUAUGGAGUUAUUGGCAGAAGAGAGGGAGGCCCUGCAUCUAGCUAUUGGGACCUGCUCAGAGCACACCUCUCUGAUCCAUUGACAGGUAUUCUCAUGGAUGAUGCAAUGAUUCUAUCAUGUGGGCACUCUUAUGGAAAUAAUGGGAUGCAGCAUAUCUACAGAAUGAAAGCUUGUGGCAAAUGUGGUCAGCCAAUUACUGAGGACUCCAUUCGACCAAACCUGGCUCUUCGCCUCGCAGUUCAGGCAUUUAGACGUGAGGAAGAGUCAGCAAAAACAUUGAAACGAAGAAGAGAUCGCCUUGAACAGGGUUUUGAUCCCAAUCCCGCCGCCAUGGCCACGAUGGAGAGGGAGCUGCUGGAGACGUUCGAGGCCGCCAAGAAGGCGGCCGACGCGGCCGCCGAGGAGGACGGCGCCUCCUCCUCCCCGGAGGCCGGCCGCUGCCUCGACGCGCUGCGCCGCCUGCGCGGAUUCCCCGUCACCACCGAGGUCCUCGUCUCCACCCAGGUUGGCAAACGUCUUCGGUACCUUACUAAGCACCCCCACUCAGACAUACAGGCGGUGGCUACAGAACUUUUUGGGUACUGGAAGAAGGUUGUUAUUGAAGAGACAGGGAAGAAAAACGGCACACCAGUGAAUGGAAAAUCAGAUAGCUCUGCAGCUAAGCUUGAGAAGUCUCAAUCAAUGAAGGUUGAAAAGAAUUCUACGCUGUCAGUGAAGGUUGAAAAGAAUUCUACGUCCGCAACUGUGAAGGCAGAAAAGAAUCCUAUGUCGCCAACUGUGAAGGCAGAAAAGAACCCUAUGUCGCCAACUGUGAAGAUUGGGAAAAAGGAUGUGAGUGUGAAGGUUGAGAAGACUGUGAAUAAUGAUUCCAAAGUUCAACAUGUGAAGGUAGAGAAGGUUUCAAAAGAAGUCAGUAGAACUCCUGAUACAAAGAAGCCAUCGUCUGUUGCAAACGGUCCCCCAAAGCUGACAUCCCUUGUCAGAUGCAACGAUGCUGCUCGGGACAAAUACAGGGAACUUCUUGUUGAGGCCUUCGUCAAGGUCUCCCCGGAAACUAGCAAGGAUGACAGAGAGGAAGUGAGGGACCUCCUGGAUCAAGUAGAUGCAUGCGACCCAUACAGAGUGGCUGUGACAGUGGAGUCAGCGAUGUUCGAGAGGCUAGGACGUUCCAAUGGGGCUCAGAAAACGAAGUACAGAUCGAUAAUGUUCAACCUGAAGGCUGAUAACAACCCUGACUUCCGGCGGAGGGUUCUGUUGGGCGAAGUGAGGCCUGGGAGCCUUGUGGACUUAUCCCCCGAGGAGAUGGCUAGCGACGCCAGGAAGCUCGAGACCAAGCAGAUCAAGGAGAAGGCUCUGUUUGACUGUGAACGUGCAUCGGCACCGAAGGCAUCGACCGACCAGUUCAAAUGCGGGAGGUGCGGACAGCGGAAGACAACGUACUACCAGCUGCAGACACGGAGUGCCGACGAGCCGAUGACGACGUUCGUUACAUGUGUGAACUGCAACAACCACUGGAAGUUCUGCUGAGCGCCAGGUCAGCUGUACUGGUAGGAUGUUCGUCCUGUUAGUGAUGCCAUCUGAAUCUGACAGGCAGCUUGGUCUCGAUUUUUCGUAAGUUAGGAGCCUGUUUAAUUUUCUUUCUUUGUCAUCAAGGACCUGAUUUAUUCAGACUGUAAUAGUUGACCGCAUAAAUGUUGUUGGCUUAUUUGCCCUAGCUGCUGUAACUUUUAUGAGGGAGAUUGUUCUAUGUUUCUAGAUAAACUCAAAUAGUGGUAGUAACAGAUGAUGUUAUUGUUGUUGUGA